AUGAUGGCUAACUGUGUGAGGAAUAUCAGCCGUGAGGCUUCUCGACAUUCUGGACCGUCAACAAAAGUAACAGUAACACGAGAAGAGGCACUUGAAAUUUACAAAAAAUUACAUACUAUCAGACGAAUUGAAACUGCUGCUGGUAAUCUUUAUAAAGAAAAAAUAGUCCGUGGAUUUUGUCACUUGUAUUCUGGACAAGAAGCAUGUGCAGUAGGAAUGACUGCAGCCUUGAGACCCCAGGACUCUGUGAUCACAGCUUACCGUGCCCACGGUUGGACUUACUUGAUGGGUAUUCCACCAGUAGGAGUACUGGCUGAGUUGACGGGUAGACAAAGUGGUAAUGCGCGUGGUAAGGGAGGUUCUAUGCACAUGUACGCCAAAAAUUUCUACGGUGGAAACGGUAUCGUUGGUGCUCAGGUUCCACUGGGAGCUGGAAUAGCUUUUGCACACAAGUACAAAGGAGAUGGAGGAGUAUGUUUAGCAUUGUACGGUGACGGAGCCGCCAAUCAAGGUCAAAUUUUUGAAGUUUACAAUAUGAGUAAAUUGUGGGAUGUUCCUUGCAUUUUUAUCUGUGAAAAUAAUCAGUAUGGGAUGGGUACAAGUGCUGAAAGAGCUGCUGCUAAUACAGAGUAUUACACCCGUGGUGAUUACAUACCUGGAAUCUGGGUUGAUGGUAUGGAUGUAUUAGCUGUCAGAGAAGCCAUGAGAUUUGCGAUUAAGCACUGUACAUCUGGCAAAGGACCACUUGUAAUGGAAACAAUGACAUACAGAUACAGUGGUCACAGUAUGUCAGAUCCUGGUACCAGUUACAGAACAAGAGAAGAAAUUCAAGAAGUCAGACAAACUCGUGAUCCAAUUACUGGUUUCAAAGAAAGAAUUCUUAAUGCUAAUCUCGUUACUGCUGACGACUUGAAGAAAUUGGAGUCAGAAAUAAAGAAGGAAGUUGAUGAAGCUGUAAAAAUUGCCAAAGCCGACAAAGAAAUUGAUGAUCACGAGCUCAGUGCUGAUAUUUAUGCCAAUUGCUUGGAAAGUGAAAUUCGUGAUGUCACACCAUUUACUUCCCUAAAGCACAGUAGAAUCGGGCCAGCCGUCAACGCUUAA